AUGAGGGACCAUCCGUUGGUGCCCAAUGUGUUUCGUGUGGCCUCCACACAUAGCAUCAAUAGCGAGAAUCCCUAUAGCAAUGCUUACAAGUUAGCUAAGAACGCUAGCUGCAACACACAGCAGCAGCCGCCAAUUGCUCUGCAUCAGCUGACCACCAGUGCUUCCAUUGAGCACAGUCAUCCUUCGCAGCAGCUACAGCUGCAACAUCAACAGCAGCAGCAGCAACACUCUCCGUAUGCCACAUUGCCGCGUGGCCAGCGUUUGGCUCAGGACCAACAGCAGCAGACUGGCGUGAUCAAUACCAUUUCCGGCAGUAUUCCGGCCACUGGAUUUGGCACAAUGUCUGGCAGUUUCAGUGAAUUGCAUAUUAACAAUAUCAGCAAUAUGGGAAAUCAUAAUGGCAGCAGCAACAGGAGCAACAGCAACCACCGACGGCAGCAGCAGCAGCAGCGACAGGUGUCCGCUUUGGGUCACUACAAGCCAGCCAAGGAGCUGCAGCAGCAGCAGCAACAUCAAAAGCAACAGCAACAGCAGCAACAUCAGCAGCAGCAACAAAAUCAUAGUCAGCAGCAGCAACAUCAGCUGCAACAUCGUCUAGGAACGGGUGUUGGUGGUGGCAUUACCGAUCCACAGGGUAGAAUCACCAGCAUGGGCCAUGUUAGUGGGAGUUACCUGUGGCUCCUCACACCUGUUGCUGCCAGCAUUUCGGUGGCCAUUGUCAUCGCCGCCCUUGCCGGACCUCAGUGGCUUUUUACGGAGGAAAAGCUGCCCAAUUACAAGUACAAUGGGACUGCCAAUAUAAAUGCUAUGGACGAUGGCGCCUAUGUCACCAAGUACACAAAGUCCAGCCUGUGGAUACUGUGCAACACGCAGCCAGGACUCGAUGUCGAUUCUUAUAACUGCAUUAAGAUCGAUUAUUUCCCCAAGGAGGGGUAUCAACCGGAUCCGCACGACUCAACUGCUGCAAUACCCUAUACUGUAACAAAGUCGUGUCCGAUUUUUCUGGCCGCUGGGGUUUUUCUGAUGAUCAGCUUCGUAGUCUUUCUGAUCCCCACAUGCUCGCAUCGAAAUAAUCUGUAUUACUUCAGUGCCGGCAUUCUAUUUAUUGUAAGCGGUCUGGUAAUGCUGAUUGGACUGAUUGCCUAUAUAUCAAUACUGAAGGCAGAGAUUGGGUCCAAGCUGCGACCCCGAUCCCCCCUUCAGCCGGCCCUCGUCAAGGUCACAUAUGGCCAGAGCUUCUUCCUUUUCGUCUUUGGAUUUAUUGUCACCGAAUUUGUGGGUGUAUUAAAUAUAUUUCUUUUUAUAAACCUGCAGGAGGUCAGCUACUACAGUCGGCUGCCCUGCUUCAGCGUGGCCAAUAUGCAGGCCAAGUUCAAGGAGGGCCAGCAGCACCCCAUGAGCCACUCCUACAAGCGAUACAAGCAGCCCGGCAACGCCGGCAGCCAGGAAGGACUCAGUGUGCAGAACCGCAAUAGCCGGGACAUGCUGCAGCCACAAAGGAACAAUCACCAGGAGGCGGUAAUGCCGCAGCAGCAGCAGUCCGGCAUCCUACGGAGCACCACCGUCAAUGCCCGACAGCAUCAGGUGCAUGAUGCGCGGCGUGGCUUGCCAGGACAUCUUGGACAGCAGAUGGGCUAUCCCGGGCAGGCGCAGACCCUGCCGGGAGCCUGUCGCAAGCAUCCAAAUGCUGGAUCGAACUUGAACCUAAACAACGAUCUGGCAAGGCGCUUCUACUUUGAGAAGCCGGCAGUCUCCAAGUGCAACCUACACUCUCGCAGCUUCGCCAAGUCUUUGAACGAACUCUGCAGCGAGACGUCCGUUCCUGCCCCCAUGCCUGAUCCUCUGCCUGCUCCUGCCCUUUUUGCUGAUUUGCCGCAGGAAUUUCCCCUGACCCGUUCGGUGUCCACUGCCACGGAUAUUUAUACUGCACCACCAGCCCCAGCACCAUCUAACACCCAGAUGAAGGGGAAGCAGCAGCGGAACAUGGCCACCAAUACCAGAUCAAGGUCGGGUUCGGGUCCGGGUCCGGGUCCGGGUCCGGGUCCUGGUCCAGACGAUGCCCAGUCGCGUUUAUGCGGCCUGAAGCGGGGACUGCGUAAGACCAAGGACGAACUGUUUCAGGAGUUUUGCCGCAGAGCCGGGAUGCGCAGCAAGCCGAAGAAUAUCUACUACAUCAGUGGCGGAGACGAAGGCGAGGAAGAAGGCCAGGGCGAAGACGGGGUCAAGCGGGAGGAUCCCCUUGCCAGUCCAGGUCCAAAUCGAAAUCCCAAUACAGACAAUGACGAUGAUGAUGCCGAUGGGGAUGAUCACGGUUUUAGGCAGUUCCGCUUGGAGGAGGACCACCUUUAUGUUGUGGGAGAUCAUGCCCAGCUGGUGGUGCCGCGUCGGUCGUCGAUGUGCGUUGAUUCCAUGGGUCAGACAUUGCGCCGUUUGAACUCGAACCUUUCGCUGCACACGGAUCCCAGCUAUCCUGGAGUGGGUGGUUAUCCCAAUAUGCGUAUGUCCCUGCCGCCGGCCAGUGAUCUUGGCCAGAGCCGGACCCUGCCGCGCUGCUUCCUCCGCCAGUCGUCUGAUUCCCUGCAAAGUGGCUUCGGCCUGGGUUCCAGCCAGCAGAGGUUCUCACAAUUGAUGUUGAACUCCCAGACGAAGCAGCCCCAGCAAAACUGCUACCUAUCCACCUUGGCCUUGCCGCAGGUCUCGCAGGCUCCUCCGCCGCCGCCUCCCAAAUCUCAGGUGCAAUGGCCAGCGGCGAUACCCUCGUCGCCGUCAAACUACUCGAAUGGCUACCAGCAGCACCCGCAGCCGAUAUACCCGACAUCCGGUGGAGUGAUGGGACCAGGAACCACCACCACCACCGGAGUCGUCGGACAGCCGGCAAAAUUCCAACGGGGCUAUGCCUUCGAUGAUCCCCAAAGGCGAUCCAGUUUCGUGAGUGAAGCCUUCGAUCUCGAUGAAAUCGAAAGGGAGAGGCGGCGCUCCCAUGCCAGUCUCUUUGGCAUCAAUCAAAUAGAUCCCUAUGACCUCAUCAAUGGCACAGCCGUCUAAGGAAAUACUAAUGCCAUUCUAGCCUAUCCAAGAACUAAAACCGAAAAGCAUAACACCAAAGAGAAUAUAAAGAACAAGGUGCAUAACGGCCAAGCAUGUGAGCCUCAGUUAAGACUCGUCUAAUGUCUAAUUAGGAGCGUUUACAGGCAGAUCUAGAAUGCUUGAGAAUACGUGUAAACUCAUGCGUAGUUUUAAGAGAGUGCUAACUGUCUCUCUUUCUCUCUCAUUAUUCAACAAACUUUCAAGAGAGUUCUAAAUUGGAGUAUGGCGUUACGCAUCUUAUUAUUCAUAUUGCCUUUGGCGGAAACAUGAGCUCAUUACCCCCAAUAAGUAAUGUUUUUA